ACAUGUGUCGCGGCCGUGCGGUGUUUUCCACCGCCGCGGACUGCUGCUCCUCGCCGUACCAUCCCGCAGGCUGCGCGAGGUGGUCUCGGGCGUGCGGAUCGCGGGAGCUCGGGACGCCCGUCCUCGCGGAUGUUCACCAGGAUGAUGCGUCGUGCUCCGGCGGUGGAGUAGCCCAGCAGCAGCAGCAACAGCAGCAGCAGCAGCAGCAGCAGAAGCGGAAGGCGGUAGUGCGGGCGUGCGUGCGUGCGUGCGUGCGUGCGUGCAUGCGUGCGUGGGUGGGUGGGUGUCUGUCUGGCGACCGCCAAUACUCACGCACACCGGAUUUCUCCGUGCGUCCCAUCGCGAGUGCUACGAGUCGUCGCGAUCGAACUGAUACCAAUCCGCGCGUGCCGCUCGACGCUCCAGACGUCGCGACUCGUCGUCCCCGAGGAGAGUGACCCGGCGUCGAUCGUUGCCGCACGCGCACGUUGUGUUUUCUGAAUGCAAGGAAAAAAAAAGGGAAUGAAAUAUGUCGUCCCUCCGUCUGGAGCAUUUGACGCUGCUGCUGCUGCUUCUGCUGCUGCUGAAGCUGCCCGCGCGCUGGUGACUCCGCUGGUACGAUGACACCGCGACCGAGCCAACGACGGAUCGGUCACGCGCUUCUGCCUCCCGCGUGCCUCGCCAGGGAAUAAGAACGGCCACGAUACUUGCUGCGUGCGUGUGUCUGUCAGCCAUCAUGAUCGCCCGCGAGUCAUGACUUCUGUGUGCUCCCGACGUCUCGCCCGAGUGGCAUGAGUUUUAAUCGCCUGUCCGCGCGACACACGUGCCUCAGACUUUGUAAAUUGCAGCUCCCCCUUUUGUCCAAGGAUAGAGAAAGGAGAUUUCCGGGGUACGAGCAUGUUCCUCGUCGCUGUCGAGCCCGAACGCCGCGACGUUUCCAGUUUAAUUCUCUGAGAGAAAGUCAACGAAUUCUGUUAUCCUGCUGUGUCAUACGUUGAAUGGUCCAAGUAUGAGAGGUCCAGCGGAGGAAAAUGGGUACCGGUAAAGUGUCAGCAUGCGCGAGAAGUCAGCAGAAUGUCAUGCUCACGCAGGUCACGUGAGGGGCACGACAGAGAUGUGCUCGCGUGAUCCACCUACAUUGCACCCGACCCUCGCCAAGGCAAAUGGUAAAAAUUCAAGUCCCCAGCCGACUCAUCAUCCCGAGGCGCAACGUAACGACGGCAAUCUGCUGCCAAAUCCUGGAGGUCGCUUGAAAUUCUUCAAAGAUGGAAAGUUUAUCCUGGAACUGUCUCAUCGCAGGGAUGGAGAAAAGACUACGUGGUUUCCCGUACCAAAGAAGACCUUUUGGCCGCCCGCGAGCACCAUCCCGAAUCGACAGGAGAGCUCUACUUCUCUCAGUGUUUCCGACGACAAUUCGUCGGUCCAAUCCAGUCCUUGGCAGAGAGAUCACUGCUGGAAGCAGACCCACCCUCGACGCAGGAUAACUACGGAAUUCAAUUUUUAUUAUCGUCGAAAUCCGAAGACUCGUUUAUGCGCGCAUCUUCGCUUGAUAGCGAGGAAACGAAGGCGCCCAUUAGACUCGACGACCGCGGCCUCAGUUCCGGAAUUAACGACGGCCCAUUCGACGAGAGCGUCGCGGAAACUGAAUGGUACGUCGUCGUCGGGCAAGGUUUUGAGUCUGAUCAUCGAUAAACUGGCGCGCCUACUGGAUCCUAAUGUCGUGUCGCCUCGCAAACGCAUACUGCGAGAGCUGGAGAGAGUCUCGCUGGAGGAUCAGGCGUCCAAGAGACGAGCCACUCCGCAGCCGGUUUGCACGACGAGUGCGCCACCGACUCCUCCCUCCGCGAAGCAAGUGUCAUCGUACAGUAUAACCAGUAUCCUGGGAGAGGACAAGCCUAGUCCCGAGCCAGGUUUCUUGAGGACACUGCUGAAGCCGGACGAUCGGCAGCCUGUGAAAUACUCAUCGUCGACCAACGCCUAUCCGAGGGUACGAAUCGACCCUUACAUCGGAUCCAGCAAUACAUCCGUUCAUCAUCCGCUCUACGGGAUACCGAUGUUGCCACCUGGACCGUACAGGGCGCCUCUAUGGAUGGCGCCUCAUUAUCCGUCUCCCGUCCACUAUCCGCCUCCUAUGCAAUUGUACGCAUCGCCGCAUUCUCAUCCAUCGUCUCCACAUUACAAAGACUACAGGGAACAAACUCUCACACCUCCUUCAGAUAUGCCUCUGAAUCUGUCGAAGCAUGCGGGUUGAAUCUCAGGAUCCCAAUAGAGUUGGUGCCUUAUGAGUGGAUAAAACACUACGCAAACACUGCCCGUGCAACGACAAUGCGAUAUAUAUUAGUAUUUUUUUAUUCAUAAAACAAUAGUAUCUUAGUACAUAGAGAGAGAGAGAGAGAGAGAGAGAGAGAGAAAAAGAGAAGAGACAGAUAAACGAUGAAGCCAGACAGUUGGAUUUUGGGAGAGCUAUACUUGUACAUACAAAUGCAUAAAUUUGUCAAUCGAGCGGCAUAGUAUUUUAUAUUAAUAUUACACGCAAGAUUAAAAAAAGAGAGAAAAUCGUGAGUGGUAAUAUACAAAAACGUUAUAGAUAAAAAAAUGCAACUGUAAAUGUGUACAUGUUACACAUAUUUUCAUCGUACGCGAUCUGUGAGUAAAAUCGUAUAGAAAGGGAAAAAGUAAAAAAAAUCGGUGCGCGUUUUUUUUUUUAAUUAUUUAAAACGAUCGUAAACCCAUGCAACAACAUGGGAUUAUAUCAGUAUCGAACGAGUCAUUCGAUAUGUUUUUAUUUUCGACAUUGCUACUCAUAUUUUAUAUAUCGCGACAAAGACGGGUGAGCACACGCGUAAACCUGUGCACGAGCAGGUCUCAUCCUGUGCAUCUCAUUUAUGCAUUUUCCGCUAUUCUUAUUAUAACGUUACUGUCAUUAUUAUCAUUAAUGAAAAAAAAAUGCUACAUUAUCCUAAAGAAAUCGAUAAGAAAGACAUAGGAUUAUGUACAGAACAGAUUAUUGCCUCUAUAUCUCUAGCGUAUUAAUUAUUCUUAAAGAUAGAAAUGCAUAAUAAAUUUAGGCUCUAAUAGAAUAUAUCCAACAAUGGUAUACAGUUAUUUAUAUGAUAUUAUAUAUAUAAAUAUAUAUAUAACGCAAAAUACGAGAGAAGACACAAAAUUACUUUGGUAACGACCGUGGGGUGUGCCUUACAGAUAAUUAACGAAAUUCCAUGAAAUUAAAUUAUGAACGGAGUUCAUGCGGAUGUGUAUUAUUAUAAAAGGAGGCACUAUAUAUUAUGUAUAUAAUAAAUAUAUCUUUGUGUUACAUGUAUUUUCAUCAAAUCGACAUUUAUUCGUUGCUCUAUUUAUUAUUAGUCAGGCGCAUCGACAAAACAUUUCACGAGAAAGCAAGGCAAGCUCGCACAGGUUCUACAAAUAUUUUUAUUUUAAUCGUUCAACGCGUACGCGAUUCUCUUUUAGCGAUUCUGACAAAAUGGAGAAAUAUGUGACUGCGCAUUAGCAAUUGUAUAGAAAAAGACUAAUUUCAUAAAUAUAAAUAUUUCAUAUACUA